UCAAAUAUAAUAAUACAUGGAACCCAGUGGAUCCACAUUAACCGUGGUGGUGGUCCUCCUAUUUUUCGUCGUGUUCGUGCUUCUAUGUAUUUUGAGAUGCCGUAUGAAGAGGUCAGAACAUAAGGACCAUGACUUAUACAAUCUGUUCUUCUCUAGAUCAGCUCAUAGUGGAUCCAUGUUAGCCACAGAUUCACAUAAUUUAAAGAAGUAUACAGGUUCCAAAAAAUCAAGGAGCGGUUAUGAUAAAGAAAAACGAAAACACUCCCUUCAGGAAGGCUAUAUGGAAAGGCAGAGUAGUUCACCGAACACUCGCUCAUUUCGAUUGGAACGGUGUGGAUCCGCGCCUACAUCAUUACUGUUGAAACCCUUUAAUAUGUAUAAAGGUAACGAGUUAAUAGAUAGGUAUCGUCUGUUCCGAUGUAACUCCGCGCCAUCGUGUCCUCUUGAACACAAUGGCAGCUUUCAAGGCAGGAUUCCGGCAUUUACUUUUUCAGUAGAGAAUCGAUUUCCGGAACAAAAAGAACCAGAUGAUGAAAGCAAUCCCAGACUUGAGUAACACAAUCAACAGUUCAUCUGCAUUGACAUGAAUUCUUCUUAUUCUACGAACGUGUCUUGAUAACAUAAGAUGUACAAAAUUUCUAGUGCCGCAUUGUCUGAUCAUACAAUGGGGGUGACAGUUUUUUUCAGGACCGUCACCAAAAGGAUAACUUUACAUCUUUUCGAGGAAAACAACAUACAUGAAGCCUCACAGGAAACCUCUUUAUUGUA